AUGUCAAUUCAGACUUCAUAUUCUGUAGUGUAUGGGCGCACAGCCACAUACUUUUCUUUUGACUAUACUCCUAACCAGAUUUUUCAGGACACUAUUCCAACAAAUUCUUCGCUAUAUCAGCAAAACAAUACCGAGGCAACAACGGAUCUGUUUUUGUCCUCCACUCAGAAUUUCCAGGAAAGUAUGAUUCCAUCAUUCUCGUCGCUGUAUCAAGAAACAAAUCAUACCAUGAAUACAACAGAAUUGUUUUCCUCCUCGACCCAGGAAACCUCGAUUCCGACGCUUUCUUCCCUGGUUCAAGAAACAAACCACACUGUGCCAACAUCAAACAUAUUUUCUUCUUUGAACACUUCUGCAAACGCAGAAGUGUUCAAAGGGGAAAAGGAGGUUCUACUCGAAGCUACAUAUUCCAAUACCACAAAAAGACGAGCCAAGAAGGAUGUCUCAUCUAUCGAUGCCUUGGAUAUAACAGACAAUAAAUUUCAUAGCAAUCCAUGCCUCCUGCAGCAUAGAUGCCUACCAGCUGAACGCUGCAGGGACAAAGCUUCUCGGGUUACAUAUAAGGCUGCUGAAGCGGCGAUUCUGGAGAUGGACUGGGAAAGAGUCGUAGUCGACUGUAGUGGGCUAGGUUGA